UUUGCUUAAAACGGCUUGAGUUAUUGUGCAAGGCAAAGCCAAUACUGAGAAGGGAUGACAAGGGAAAACAUGCGUGGAUGACGGUUGAGUUAAAUCAGUCUUCCAACUAAUGGGCCCAGUGCCCGCAUGCUGUCAUACAGAAAAUGACGAUGCUAUAAGCUUCUGUCAGACCUCAUUUUUCUAAAAGAUCACAUUGACAAAUAUAAGCAUUCUGGCUGGAUUAUCCAAGCUUAAACUGCACACAGAAAAAGAUGCACAAUUCUGACACUUAAAUGCACAUGCCGACACACUUUCUGUCUUCUAAAUCUGUGAAAUACACGAGCAAGGAUCUAUUUCAUUUUCCAGUUUUUGUGUUGACUUUAUAAUGAGCCAAUUUGUAUUAAAAACCAUUUCAGCUCAACGGGACUCAGAGCCUAACGUAUAAGGCACAGUUUGGUGGUUUUGCUGGUUAUUAGCAACCAUGUCAUUACACCCAUGAAUUUCCAGAAUCCCCCCGGUGAAACAUCUAUUAUCUGCUGACACGAUUUUUGGUAAAACCACUGAAGAAAUGUAUAUGCCUCAUGUUAAAAAUAUGAGACUGCUAAGCACAGACUAUACGGAAACACCAGACAAACCUUCUUACGAGUAUAUCUGACGACCACAUUCGCUGAUGUUCCUACAUGUGCAGGAUUUUUAAGAAGCAGGGCCGGGGUGCGACAGAAGCUGCUGCCCUGCAUGUUUUCCUCACAAAGCUCCCGAAAGAAGUGAUUGGAUGUUGGGAGAGCCAAUAGGGAGAGAAGUAGCAGGUUAUUUGAACUCUCCUCACAUAGCUCAACAGAACCAGACAACAUCCUCUGUCUGACUUUCUAACAAUAUUCUCUCACAAGAGCACAAGGAUCACUUCUUUACUACUUGUAACAACCUUUUUUUUAAAAAUACCUUUUCAAUAAAUUCAUCCAGGAUGGGAACCUGCUGCUUCUAUUUACAUCUGGUUGGAGUCUACAGAUGCACCUGUUGAUUGAAGAAAACUCUCCGUGUUAAAAAAUGAACAAAGUUGCUGCCAUGAAGUCUGGUACUCUGCUACAUUUAAAGGACGGCAGGGGAGCUGAGGAGAGGAACAGACUGAGUUGUGUAGAUUUACCUCAGAGCAGUUUGACAGACGGAGAGAGAACAGAUCUGCUGCGAUGCAACAACACCUCUGAAAACAGCUCCACGAUCAAUUACAGAAGAUAUGGGUCUCGCCUGGGUGGGGUUAAAGUCCGCCACAAGAGGCAGGUGCUGCAGGACAUGGCCCGACCCCUGAAACAUUGGCUGUACAAACACCGGGACAACCCCUACCCCACCAAGACGGAGAAGGUGCUGCUAGCUCUGGGCUCACAUAUGACACUAGUGCAGGUGUCAAACUGGUUUGCAAAUGCACGGCGGAGGCUGAAGAACACAGUGAGACAGCCAGACCUGAGCUGGGCACUCAGGAUCAAACUUUACAAUAAAUACAUCCAAGGAAAUGCUGAGAGACUGAGCGUGUGCAGUGAUGAAACUCACUCAGAUGAUGAAGAUUGUCCCUUAGAAGCUCCCAUCAGACAAUCAGACUUUGGCAGAUCAUCAUCCCACAAGAGUGCACUCCAGAAACAGGGCAGCGUCCUGGCCAUGGCGGACUCCGCCAACAGUUACAACAGCGUCUCACCACCAUCCAAGUACAAGAGCAGUUUACUGAACCGAUACCUGAACGACAGCCUGCGACACAUGAUGGCAGUGAAGUCUGAUGGCGUCACCUCAACCCGCAGGGGGAGGAGCCACUCAGAGUCUUUCAGCUCCAACGAAUGUGACCGAGAUGUCGUUUCCCCGGCAUCAUCAUACGAAACAGAGGCCAACUUUGUCUACCACAUGGACACAAUGGACUAUUCUUCAACUAAAUGUGACAGUGUUCAGCAGCAGGAGCGAGUCCAGCAGAAACGGGUCGAUCAGGACUGGAGGGAGAUCCAUGCCGCUGUCGCUCUGACCAACUUGGCCCGGGGCCAGAGCUGCACAGCAGACCAGGGCUGCGUAACCAUUCCAGGCCCAGACCAAAACUUCACCAGAAAGCCUUUCUCAUUUACAAGGACGACUAUCAUAGACACCAUGUGUGUCACUGGACCCACAACUGCUCUGAGGCAGAGCUGCACCGUGGGGCCUGCUCUCACCAGCCGAAUCAUCCAGAAGUCCUCUCACAUCUCGGAGGUUCAGACUGUUAACGUGGCCCUGCCUAACACUGUGUAGGCAUUUUAUUUGAACAUCUGGCUUUAAAUCAUUUUGUAUAGUUAUACCAGAUGUUAAAGUGCCUUGCAAUUUAUGAACAGCCUCUGGUUGCUUUGUAAAGUUGAUAAACUUUGACACUUUUAAUCCUUUUUACGUUCUAAAAUGGAAAAAGUGACCGUUGAUUUUUUUUCUACACUUUUUGUAAUGUUUGUAAUUUCUCCCUGUUGCCGUCUGUUGCAGUAAGUUAUAUUAACUUCAUGAGACUGGAUGAUCAUCCAAUGCUAAAGUUUGACAGCAGCUAUUUUAAUAAACUCAAUGUGAAAUCUUCUGACCGGUCAUUUGCUUUAAAUCUUUGCCUCACAGUGGCUGAAACAGCACAGGCAUGUAGAGCUGUAUUUAGUGGUAGAUUUCAUGUGGGU